AUGUCCGUUGAGCCGCUUCCGCUGUCGAAGAUAGCCAAAACAUUGGAAGCUUCUUCCGGCUAUGAAUUUCAAGUUGUGUUGAAAACUAUCAGCUCUACAAAAUAUGUGGACGAUAGGCUGCUAAAAGCCGAUUUGGCCGUCCUGGUUGCCAAGAUUUUGAAGCUUUUGCGCUCCUCGGAUGACUACCUCGUUUGGAAAGGAUGCAAACUUUCAGAUGUGCUAUGCGCCUACAACGCAGUCGUGCUGUGUUCCCAAGCAGGCCAUCUUCUCACCGCUCUUUUCAAUAAAUUGGAACAAAAAGCAGGUUUUUACCGUACCACUAUCUCCAGUCCCCAGGGUAAGACCGUGCUUUUUUCAUUGGUCAAAUCUGUGGAUAUUAUGCUUGACUUGAUUCGUGGCAAACCGGCUUUGACUCGUGAAGUUCUUACGCCUAGACUUCCCGCGAUCGUAACGAUUCUUGUUAACAUGUCACAAUUCGAACCAGAAUUGUGCGGCCCUGUUUUGAAGAAGAUUCUCGCUAAAAACACUACCACCUUCCGCCCUCAUAUUAACAAAUACAGUAACGUCAUUGUCACUUUGAUUGUAAAAGACUACAAUCAUUUCAACAAGCACACCAAAAAGCUCAUUCUCGAAAAUUAUGCGCUGUUGCACUUGAUCAAGCAGAAUCCUACGGUUAAAGACGACAGCAUGCGUCACCACAAAGCGCACCAAGAUGAACAAUGGAGACAGGGUAUCAUGCAUGUUUUAUACAGCUUCAAACCUGUCAUAAGUUUGUGUGGUGAGAUACUAGACUUCUCGGCUGACGAAGACAUGCAGAGUCUUUUGAAACGGUUGCCGUCGACGAGUGGCGAGUUACAGGAUUUUUUGCCGCCUGUGAAAGUAGAUUUGAACAAACCCAAUACUCUGUGGGCAAUCGCGGAGAGAAUUGAGCUUUUGUGCGGCCUUCUUGUAGCGUUUCUUAGCCAGCAUACACCUUUUCGGAUUCGGGCCCCUCUUGGUGGCAUUGCUGCCGUUGCAGAAGCCAUUUUGAGUCUUACCACCAAUUAUUUGCCAUUGCAACGCUUAUUGCGCCGUGACGCAGAACUUACGGCUACGAUAUAUGAUCUUCUACCUACAAUUCAGGCAAGCGGCAUUGCGCUACUUGGAAGUAUGUCCAGGACUUACGGCAAAUUCUUACUUCCCUACACGCCAUCGAUCCUUGGGUCAUUGGAGUAUUUUAUUCCGACAAAGCAAGGAACGGCUGCGAUUGACUUUGACAAGGUGGAAACGUUGAAAUCUGAAUUCUUCGACCUCUUCACAAUCGUUGACUCUUUAUUGGAUCACACAGGACACUUGUUUAGUGAGACCACCUUAUUCACUAAACUGAUAGACAUUGCAUUGCAUUUGACCAAAGACCUGGUACCAUUGAAACACCUGUAUCAACAGCAGAAUCCAGCUGCAAAAACAGUUCACCAAAAGACCAAAAAGGUUGGUAAGCAGAACACAGGUUCGAUGUCAGAUGUGUACUCGCAUCCACAAGCAUUCGCUGAUAAAUGUUCAGUAAGGAAUCUUGAAUCGUUAAACCGCUUUCUUUUGAUAAUUGUGGUGAAUUUGAAGCUCCAGUCUGCGCAGCAAAUAAACAUUUGCAAGUAUGCCGUAACGGCGGCACUCAAAGCCCAGCGAGAGCUUGGCCGUUUGCCCUUGUCGUUUGUUCACUUGCUUCAAGCGCUGGUCAUGCAUCCUGGAUAUGAAAAAGUCUCGAUUCUUCCAAUGGCGGUGACGCUUCUCAAGAGUCAAGGUGACGACGUCUUCGACGUUUUCUGUAAUCCAAGGCUUCCAGUCGCUGCUGUUCAAUCCGUGAAAAGACAAGAAGAACCUAUGGGUUUUUCUGACAAAGGUGAGGUAAGUACCUUGGAAGAACCGGAUGACGCAGAUGUAGACAUUGAGCAAGCUGAUGAACCAAUCAAGGUAGUGGAAGAAGCUACUAAUAUAGUUGAAAACAACAACUCGCAAGCGCUGAAUACCACUACCUACUUUGAACAGCUGAAGGAAGAGAGGCCCGACAGCAUUAUGCGGAAAAGAGCCGUUGACACUGAUGAACCUGCUCAGGAAAUCAAGGUCCGCAAAACUGAGGGGUUCAUUGUUCCGGAAACUCGUCCCAUUCCGGUGGAGGUCGUUGAGGAAAAGGAAGUCACGGUCGAAGUCCAAGAAAACGACGGUGGCAACGACGACGACGACGAUGACGAUGACGAUGAUGGCUCGGAAUUUGAGAUUCCAGAAAUCAAUCUCAGCGAAGACGAAGAAGAGUAG